CAUUUGAGCAGCUGAUGUUUUUCUGUGCCAAACAACACCAGCAGCAGAUGGAAUUUUAUACGAAAGCAAGAAAAAAUUGAGUUCAAUGAAAAGAAAGAAGAAACCAAAUUCAGCAAGUGUUGUUUUAUUGUGAACGUUAUAAUUGUAACUGAUACUCAAUUUUAUAUUUAUUUGAAUUUGGUACUAUUUUUACAGUAAAAAAAUAAGCACAAGAUUAGUGCAUUUAGGAGACAAGCAUUUCUGUUUUCUGUGCUACAUUCACGUCUUUGAAUAGAAAUUAGGUGGGUUUCUUUGAUAGUUUUUGCUGUUCGUUGCGCUUUCUCAUUCAUAGUAUCAUUGUAGAGUUUUACACUGGGCCAGGAGUAUUUAUAAAAAAAUGGCACAGUGGAUAGGUUAUAUGGUUUCUAUAAAAUGUCGUGAAGAACUGGGUAUCUUCCAAGGAGAAAUAAAGGCAGCCACAAACCAACAAAUUACUCUAACAAAAGCAUUCUGCAAUGGGUUUCCUUGUGAACAUAAUGAAGUGAGGAUUAGGGCUUGUGAUAUACUAGAUCUGAAACUGAUUGAUAAGCAAUCUGAAAUGACACAACAGCACAGUACAGUAACAAUAGCAAAACCCAUUGCCAAAAGGGCAGGUCGUACCCAGAGUGCAUCUGAAAAUAUAGCUGUAGCAUCUUCAAGCAGUAAGCCAAGUGGCAGCCAGACUCGCUCAAAACCCAUUGACAUUGUUGAUGUAAGACAGAAUGGCAGUGACCAGGUGAAUAGCUUCAAAAAUAACACUCCGAAUAAAAGAGAAAAGGGCAAAGGCAAGUGGAUUAAGGGGUGGAAGGACGAGGAGUGUUUUGGCUCACCGUUGGAUCACAGUAUCAGUAAAGAUUUCGACUUUGAAAAAAAUCUGGCAUUAUUCAAUAAAAGGGCGUUAUGGGAUGAGUUAAAUGCACAAAGACCUGACUUUGUCAAGAAUGCUGAAAAUAAGAAAAACGCUAAAUACAGACACGAUGAAAACGUGAUAGCGACAAUGCCGACCGCAUAUCGGCAAAUUGAAGUACCAAAACAAGACUUUUGUGAAUAUGUUACUGACGAUGGUUUGAUAAUACCAAGCAUAUCAAGGACAUUAAGAACAAAACUGUUCGAAGCGGCCGAAAGGCUAGGCCUCACCUGGGAAAAAAGGGUAGAGUUAAUGGGCCGGGCGGCAACGGAAAUAUCGAUCCAGUUAUUGGGUGGCGGACAUAGGCUCAAUCCUCAGAAUACACAUCAGUGGCCUACGGUUGUGAUAUUGGCUGGGCCGUACAAGCAAGGCGCCAUCUCCAUAAACGCAGGGAGACAGUUGGCCAGCCACGGCGUCAGAAUAGUUUUAUACCUGAUGUCAACUGAAGUGCCCAUUCUCAAGAAAGAACUGUCUCUCUACAUGUUAACGAAAAACAGGGUAGUGACAAAUAUCGGCGAUCUUCCGAACGUCAGUGAUCUCAUCAUUGUUGGACUGUGCGAAGAGUCUGAUAGCCCCAGGCGUUACCCGGGAAUGGCGCAGUGGAUAAAUAAGAACAAAGCGCCUGUAUUGGCGUUAGAUCCUCCAACGAUCGGAACUCCAGGUAUCUCGCCGAAAUUUUCAUUGUUGCCAGUACUACCAUUGCCACAUUCCUCGAACAACGGAAAGCUGUACUUAUGCAAUUUGGGGUUUCCGGUGGAUAUUUUUAAUGAAGUGGGCAUCAAGUACAAAUCACCAUUCGGGCCAAAAUUCGUCAUUCCACUCCAUCCUAAAGAAGAUUGUUGAUUCUAUUGUGUUAUGACUAGGUUGGCGGUAUCUCAUGGCGUUCGCAUUUGUUUAUAUCUGGAAAGAAAUUUGACAAUAAUGAACAAUACAUACUUGUAAUAAGAUCUGCGAAGAUUUUGCCGAUUGGAGUACAGUCCUAUGAAAUGGGGAUAGUUUACACCUCAAGGUUUAUGAGGAGGAGUUUUUAGGACUUUUGGCAGCAAAUUUCGUUCAUUUUAUAACGGUCGCAUUUAUUCAAUAACCCAGUCGGUCAAACUGUCGAGUGUUUUAUACGCGCCAAGCUUUUGGAUGUGUCGUAAUUUACAGGUUCAACUCAUUUAUAUUGGGCUGUUCUUUUUCCUCCUUUUGAGUUUAGUAUACCGGGUGUUUCAAAUUCGACUCCCACCAAUUGGAUCUCGAAAGCGGCAAGAAAUACAAGGUCGGUUAAAUGGGAGCUUAGUUGCGCUCUUUUUUUAUUUUAGGGUAAUAAAUAAUAAAAUAAAUAUUUUAGGGUAAUAAUGAAAACAUACAGCCUUGGCCAAAAGUAUUGAGCACCCUCGAUAUCUUUCAAUUUUAGGGGACUAUUAUAUUGGAAUAAAUUGACAGAAUUUUUUAUAGUCAUAAAUGUCUUAUUAUGAGAAGAAAAUCAAUAUUUUGUGGGACCUCCUUUCACCUUAAGUACAGCAGAAAUUCUUCUAGGUAAAGAUCGUGCAAGUUUAUUACAUUCUUCGUAAGUUAAAGCGUUUCAUUCUUCACGUAGGCGGCGCUUUAACUCUUCUUCUGUGUUGAUUGUGUGACGCCUGAUCAUGCGUUUUAAUAAGUUACACAAAUGUUCAAUCGGACUCAGGUCUUGUGACUGGGCAGGCCAACCCAGAAGCUCGAUACAGUUUUCUCUGAACCAAGCCUUUUUGUCCGUGCAGCUUUGUGGCAAGGCGCAUUAUCUUGCUGGAAUUUGACACCAUUCAUGUUGGUAUCACCAUAAAGUGCGGUAAACGACGGCAAAAGAGCACAUGCAAGUACGUUUAUGUACUUUGUGGAAUCCAUGCGACCCUCACACACGGACAUUUUUCUGACUCAUGCAGCCCCAGAUCAUUACGCUGCCGCCACCAUGUUUCAAAGUAGGCACCACACACUCCUGAUUGAAUUCUUCUCCUACUCGACGACGAACAAAUGUCACACUAGGUGUAGCAAAAAUCUGAAAAAUUAAGAAAUAUUAAGUAGUUGGUUAGUUGAAUAAUUUAUUGAUACAAUUUGUUUCAAAAAUUAUUGUUACAUCUCGUUACUGCAUCAAAUCAACUAACGUACCUCAAAGUUUGAUUCGUCUGACCAUACAAUAUUUGACCAAUCCUCUUCAGUGAAGUUUUUGUAUUUUAAAUCCCAAUCAUACCGAGCCUUCUUGUUUUUGUCUGAGAGCCAUGGCUUCUUUCCGGCUUUGCGGCCAUUUAGACCAGCUUCUUGAAGCUUUCUGCGAGUAGUUCGGGUAGAAAUUGGUCUAUUAGUCUGCGCUGAUAGCUCGGCAGCGAGGACAAUAGAAGUUUUUUUCCUCUUUUUCAAAGACUCUCUGGUCAAUACUCUGUCUUCACGAUCUGUGGCGAUGCGUUUGCGGCCUCUUCUAGGUCUAUCGUUAAGUGAACCGGUCCGAGCGAAUCGCUGAAUAGUGUAUUGUACACAUCGAUGCGAACACUUCACUGUUUUCGCAAUGUCUACUUGGGACUUCCCUUGUUCAUGAAGAACCUGUAUUUUCACACGUUUUUCAAUGCUCACUUCAUUCUUGUUUGCCAUAUUGCGAGAGUAUUAGUUAAAUUCUCGAAAUAAAAUUAUCAAAGUCUCACUAAAUCACUGAAUUGAUCACAACGAACGAUAGAAGCGAAAUGAUACAUUCGCACUGAAAAGGUAAAACUGAGUAAUCUCUAAAAAACUAGACGUCUUAGCGAUAGUAAGCAGAUAUGGUAUUGUUUACAAACCGGUCUGGAUACCUACAAAUAUUUUUGUAACCUUCAGUUUUUCUUUUCAUCUAUCAUUAUAGCGUCCUUACAAUAUUUUUAGGGUGCUCAAUACUUCUGGCCAAGGCUGUACAUACAUAAACUGAUGUAUAUAUAUCUUGCAUUUGAAUAAUAUUAAUUUUUGGCUAAGGUGUCAUAUGCUAAAAAUAACGCUUGUUAUAGUCAAUAAAGGGGCAAGAUAUCUAAAUGCCCUUUGAACAACUGAAGCUAUCUUUAAUGGGUGAUGCAAUCGAAUAAAUAAGGUUUGCAAUGCCUAUGCAUGAAUAUGCACUUUUGGAAUCAGUUGAAAGGCUGUCUCCACCUGUGCAAAAAUCCUUUAGAGGUUUAUCAGGAAGAAUAAUGUUGAUGAUGGAGGACAAGAAACGAUUUCUAAUUAUGCCAUCUUGAAGAGGAGCAGUCUAUUAUGAAAUCCCACCUCAAAUGGAGUGAGAAAACAUUUUUUUUUCGGAAGUAGUCCGGAUUGAUAACUUUAAUUUUUUUUAGUUACCUAAAUGCUCAAAAUUGCGCCCAUCUAACCGAUUUCGUAUCUCUUACCGUUUCCAAGAUCUCAAUGCAAUGGUGAGAAUUGAAUUUAAAACAACCUGUAUAAGUUUAAAUAUUUUUUUUUGUUUCAUGUGUCAAAUGUUUUCAUUGACAUGUUCAAAUAUCCUCUAUUUUAGGUCUACCUCAUAUCUUUUUUCGUAUUGCUUUUGUGUUAAUUAUUUGAGGUUUUCUUUUUAGCAUGAUAACGAGUAUUGAUAAAAUAUGAUAUACGUAACGAAUUUUAAUAAUUUGUUCAAUAUGACUUCGUGGUGUUUUUGUACUGUGAUAUUUAUAAUGCGAUGAAAAACGAGAGCCUUUCACAUUUAAAUGAACUUUUCCUGUUCAAUUUUAUACAAAAAUAAAGGGAUCGUGUUUAAAAUAAUGGAAAUUGAUGUUCUAUUUUUCGUUGCUAUUCUUUUUUUGUAUAGUGGAACAUUUUGCACGCCAUUGUUAGUGGAGCCACAGUGUUAUUUUUUUAUCUACAAACGCAGUCAAGUCAUCAUUCCAGAGUGAGCAGGACCUUCUGAUUAACGCGAAAAUGUAUAGAUCCGAUUUUACUGAUUCGGCGCGCAACAUUUGCAUCUAUGGCACAAAACCUACCAAUGAGAAUACGUUUUUGAAGUAUUGGAUCUGAUGAAUAUCGUCGAAUGAAUGUAAAAUGGCUCUCAAACUAGAGAAAAACCAAUUAUCAUAUUGAAUCAAGAAAUACUUAAACCUAUUUUUUCCGCAUGGGCACUAAAUAUACAGAUACAAAUUCCACCAAUUAAAAAAGAGGCUCGAAGCAUGGAUCAAAUCUGAGACAAUACAUUAAUAUGAGAUCAAUUACUAUUUUAUUGAAAUACCACUGUCACAUACUACUUACCUGAGAGAGAUAAUUUUGAAAAAAAAAAUGAUAUCUUUUUAACAAUUCGCCAUGUCCAUUGACGUUAGCUACAAAACCCAAUUUUUUUCCUUCAUAGUUUAGUAACAGGUCAGUCAAAUUAGGUCAUUGAUUUUUGUCUUUGCUGUAUAACAUUUUGUUUGAUAAAAUUUGUGGACAUAAAUAAAAUUACAGAAUUCUUAUUUCUUAACAAACAUCGAGUGAGUAUUCAAUUUAUUUGACUAUCGUUUCUUUGUAAUUAGUUUUAUGGUGAACAAACACGUGUUUAGCGCUAUUAUCGUAGCUAUCACAAUACCACUGGCGCCAUCUAUCGACACCGUCGCAAGGUAGGGUUAAAAAUGGCGUAGUGUAACUCCCCUAUACUGCCGCGAAUUUCGUUUCCAUUGGUGGAAUUUGUGUUUGUCGCAAAUUUUGUGAAAAAAGCGAAAUAGGUUGUGAAGCUAAACCAGGUGAUAUAUGAAGCAUUUCUUGAUUUAAUAUGAAAAUUAUGGAUCCAUGUUAUACAAAUCGUCUAAUUUUUAUACAUUUUACAAGAAAUCGACCAUAUUCAUUAUGUCCAUUACUUCAAAAUGGCACAAUUUUUGCCAAAUGCGCAAAUUUUGAUACCCGCGAGUCAAUAGUAAAAUCGGGCCUUGGAGGUCUUGUUAGAUGUAAUCAUUGAGUAACUUAUUCCACCUCAAGAUAUCUAAUUAAAAUAGCCAUUAGAGUGGUGCCAAAAUGGGAUUGAAUAUCCUAGCGCCAUCUCUGCGACCGUAGCAGAAUCAAACAAUUUAACUAUUCAAUGUAGAUUUCUAAAUUCAUUUUUGUGCUCUGCUACUCUCGCGUAGAUAGCGCUAGUAUCUUUCAGACCCCGGAAAACAAUAUAUUUUGCGGUAGAAUCUGUUAGUCAUUGUUAUAAUCCUCAAGGUAGGCGGUAGACUUUUCUUACUGUGCAUUGCGAAGUUUGCGAACCAAGCUGUGGGAUAUUCGCCAAUGUAUUUUUACUUCGUUUUUAAAUGUUGACAUUUAUAUUCUUUUACCCCAUGGAAGAGUAAUACAGAAUGUAUUUCUAAAUUGCUUAUUUUUAAGGCUAAUUGUGAAUGACGCGUUGAAAAUAAAAACAACUACAAUUUUA